GAAACGCGACUAACAAAAACAAAAAUCGAGAUCGGAAAUUUCACACGGUUCCCGCCUCAACGAAAUCAAAAACCCUAAUUUCCCACUCUCCAGAUCCUGCAGAAUUACCACCGACGGAUCGAUUCUAAUCUCUAGAGAUGGCUGAAGAUAGCGGCAAAUUAGUGUCCGGAGAAACCCGCCACGCUUUGGGUGAUUUGACAAAUCUUCCAAGGAAGAGGUUAUUCUCGUCGAUUUUGGGUGAUUUGCUUCAUAAAUCUGAAGGUGAAUCUGGUAGGAACGUUGCUCAUGAAGGUUCGAGGGUAGAGUUUUCAAAGAGGUUGUGUUUAGUUGUAGAUGACUUGGUGAAGGAAAAUGAUACAAACGAAGGGUCCUCUUCGGAAUGUAAGAUUAGUUCUUGUGAUUCCGAUGGCAAAGAAUCUGGGGAAUCUCAUGAUGCUGCUACGGUGGAGGAUUCCAGUGUAGAUGGCAAACCAUUGAAGGAGAUGUAUUUUGAACCUGGUGACAGAGACGGUGCACGAGAGUUAAACGAGGCUGAUCAAGCUGCUGUUGCUGCUGGUGAAGGCUUGGCUUUAUCUGUGUUUAGCAGCAAUGCCGAGAGCCAGAAUCCACUGCCUAAAUGUCAGAAUUUGAGAUCAUUUGAAAUGAGUAGAUGCUCUAAUGUGAAUCAGAAUAUGGGAGAGGACUUGCUAAAAUCAUGCUCUUGUUCUUUUUGCCUUAAAGCUGCGUAUAUCUGGUCAGAUCUUCAUUACCAGGAUAUCAAAGGUCGAUUAUCUGCCUUGAAGAAGAGUCAGAAACAAGCUAGCAAUAUGAUUCAAAGGAAUGGUAAAGAAAGGCCUCUGGAUUUCCUUGCCUUGGCAAAUUCCGCUAGUUCUGCAAAUCUAGAAUCUGAUCUCAUGGGCCAAUGGAGAUCGCUCUUUCUUAGCAUGGGCGAUAUCCUCGCUCAUGAAAGUAACCAGCUUCAAAAUAGGUUUUUGACAAUGAAAGAAUUGCGGGAAGAUUGCAAGAUCGAUUUGGAGAGAGCUACGAAAACAUUUCAAGAGAACGCCUAGUAAGUGCCCUUUUCUACUUGAUCAAACACUGUAUGGAGUCAAAAGCUUAUCUUUAAUUUUCGCACCAGCUCGUGUGAAAUCUUUAUAUAUGCUCGAUGCUAUGUAUAGAUGCCUAAUAAGCGUAAACAAUUCUGUAUGUAUGUGCAACUACUGUUUUUGUUAGUUCUUUCUUCAAAACUCACGUUGUUCUUCAAGACCAACAGUUACCACACAGACGCAUGUUUCUUAGUGUUUAUUUGGCAUUGACUAUUUUGCUGCCUCAGACUCGGUAGUUUACACGUGAUGUAAACCAUUCCGUUGCCGUAUGUAUGUGUUUUUUU